CUGAGAGAAGUGGGAAGUAAGGGUCGCGCGGUCCCAGCCAUCCCGCUAGCGUCCGCGCUGUUCCGGCACCCUUACCCCUGCCGGCCCUCGCGACCCGCGACCAUGCAGCCUCGGGGUUGAGGCGGUCCGAUGGCAAAGCUGGCGGUCCUGGCGACGACRGUGCAUGGAGAACUUCCGUAAGGUGCGCUCAGAAGAGGCGCCGGCGGGGGGUGGGACCGAGGAGGGUGGCCCGGGUUCAGGCCCGUUUGCCGAUCUGGCACCCGGCGCUGUGCACAUGCGGGUCAAGGAGGGCAGCAAGAUCCGCAACCUGAUGGCCUUCGCCACCGCCAGCAUGGCGCAGCCAGCCACGCGCGCCAUCGUCUUCAGCGGCUGCGGCCGGGCCACCACCAAGACCGUCACGUGCGCCGAGAUCCUCAAGCGCCGCCUGGCGGGCUUGCACCAGGUCACGCGGCUGCGCUACCGGAGCGUGCGCGAGGUGUGGCAGAGCCUCCCGCCUGGGCCCAAGCCGGGUCAGACCCCUGGCGAGCCCGCUGCCAGUCUCAGUGUACUUAAGAAUGUGCCCAGCCUCGCCAUCCUACUCUCCAAGGACGCACUGGAUCCGCGGCAACUCGGCUACCAGCCCCCGAGCCCCCAUCCUGGUCCUUCGUCUCCACCAACAGCUCCAACGUCCAAGAGGAGCCUAGGGGAGUCCACAGCUGAAGAAGGUAACGCGAAGCGGUCGCAGCUUGAGCCAGGGGCUGCGGACGAGAACAGAACUGCCUGAGAACUUUGUACUCGGGGCCAUUCAGACCGACUGGAUCUUACCCCAAGCACCUACCUGUACCUUCAAACGCACCCCUCCUAGCUUGUCAUACUUGGGUCCUCAGGAGGCCACAGCCUGAGCACAGCUCCUCAGAAUAGCAGCAUGGACCCAAGGCGACGAGAGGGGACCCAAGAGUGGCAGGAGAGGGUCUCCAUGAGCCCCGGGAAGCUUCAUGAAAUGGUUGCUUUGCCGCUUGUGUUACCUAAAGAUGUAGAACUCCACCAUCACCUUUUCUCGGCCAUACUGGGGUCUUCUAUAGGGAGGGAAUGGUGGGCAGUGGGACUCAAGUCUUGUUUGGGACUCACAGGGAUUAAAGGUGCCCAGCAUUCAUGAAGGGAGCCGAACUCUGGCAGCUGAAAAGAGGUCUUGAAAUCACCUCCACCGUUGACAGAGGAGAUCAGGACUGAGAAACUGAUUGCUUGAGGGUAGAAUAGUCUGAGAUGUGGGGGCCCAAUUCUGCCCCCUGCCCUGGAACAGGUUCCAUUUUAGUUUUUCUUCCUUCCUCUUUUAAUAUCCUCCUUCCCCCUGCUGACCCAGCGGGAG